UGCGGCACUUACAAUGGCACCAGAGGCCUCAUCCGCAAGAACAAGACCUGCGGCACCAUCUUCCGCUACGGCACCCGCAAGCAGCCCAGCGUUGACGCCGUCAAGAUCGUUAGUGGCUUGGACUUACAGGUUUAUUCAGUGCAGCAGAGGGACCGGAUUACCGGUGCUUUGUGGAGCUGGGGGUCUCGGAGAUGGCCAUCCAGACGGUGGACAGGACCAUCAUCACGCAGCCCCCAGCCAUGGAAUGAGGGAAAGACUUGGAAGAAAAAGGCAAAACUCAUGGGUUGAGAUAAAGGCAGUUUAACAUUACAGCAGAGAAAAGAAGAAAACAACAACAAGAAUACUGAGAGAGGAAUAUACAAAACAUGACUACGAUAGCACCGCUCACUGACCGGACCUGGGAAGCCCCAGCCCUGCAAAGUGGCAGCUCCCAGGGCAUGGCACACAGGGGAUGGAAUACCUGUGUCCCUGCCAGGUCCUGGGGAAAUUAACCCUACCCCCACCGGCACCAGGACAGCAGGUUGCCAGUUUGAAAAGGAGCCAGCUCUCUUAACACCCUCGGGUGGAUAUCAUCAGGGCCCAUUGAUGUGUAGGGCUCAGGCGCCUGUAAUAGCUUCUAUACCAACUCUCCCUGGGUUUGUGUUUACGUCAGCCUGGAUUGUUGUUCCCAAGGCCAGCCGCCCAACGAAGGGAAUUCCCUUUCUUGGGAAUAAACUGGUUUUGUGCUUCCAGGAGAGCAUUCUUGAAAAACUCCCAGCACUCACUUGCUCCUCCGGGGAAGCUUCCCGUGGAAUCCCUGCCAUUUGGGCUCUCAGGAAGCUGAACCUUGCUCUUCAAAAAUCUGAAAUCUGUGCCUCAGUGCUAACCUUCAGGGCGCCCGGCAGGAUCCCAGACUCCACAAUACUGAGAUGACUGCAGCCGAGGCUGUCACUAACUGAGGCGCUACGAGGCAGGUGGGCUUGGUUUGUGAGUAGCACGUCCAGCAUCCUCGUUCCUGCUUGGUAGCGCAUCACCAAGAACAUCCUGGUGGUGAAUUGCAAGGCCAGCCAGAAGCACAGCCUCGGCAACCUGCCUGCCUCCUUGCCCAGAAGAUGAAUGCCAAGAUGCUGACGGACCACAGGUUCUUCUGCUCCUGCCAGGCUCCGAAGCCCAGCAAGGGUGGCCCGGCUGAGGAGGAGCCGCCAUUGCCGCGCUGCGUUCACUUCUUGGCCUGCCUCUGCGCCUUCACCAGCGACGAGAGCCUGGCGCAGGAGUUCGCCAAAUUCCUCACCUGCGACGCCAGCGGGCUGAAAGGGCUGUCGGUCCUGCAGUUGGUGGGCAGCCCCGAGUCCCUGGGGCAGGCUGGGGAGGUGGCUGCUGCCAAGGCCAAGAAGAGGAAAAAGGACGUCAUGCCGGGGGCACAGGUGGCCAGCCCCCUCCUGGCGCAAGACCUGGAUCAUGGCAAUGCCAGGAGAAGCAGCCUGAAGAAGCCGGCCGUCGCCUCCUCGCUGAAGAAACAAGGCUGUAACCAGCUGCUGGACGAGGCGCAGGUGACCCUCUGCUUCCAGGACUGGCUGGCCAGCGUCACCGAACGCAUCCACCAAACCAUGCAUUACCAGUUUGAGGCUUUUGUCUGCAAGGACGCCCUCCCCCUGGGCACCUCCUCCGAGGACAAGUGGCACAUCACCAACAUCAGGCAGAUCUUCUACAUGCCUGAGGUAUGGGAGGGAGGGAAGGCAGCCCCCCACUGCCCCCUAACCCCCCCACCGCUUCACCUGCUGCUGCUGGAGAUCACCCGCAGCUUCGUGCAGGACCUGGAGAAGCAGCCAGCCAUCCAGCCCCUGGAGCUCAAAACCUUCCUCAAAGUGGGUAAAUGGGGGGGCAAGCUGCAACCCCCCCACCUCAUCCCAGCCAUGACCAGGAAAUGCCCCACCAGCAGCCUCUUCCCCCCAGUAUGGGAGCAGCAGCACCCCCCCCCCAGCAGCCUGGAGUGAGACCCCUGUGGGAGCUGCAGACCGGGGGAGGGCCAGAACCCCCCCCCCCCAAGAAUUAUUUUAAGUGCUGCAUCCUUUCUCCUUGCCUGGGAUGGGGGGCAUGGCAAGAAGUGCCCCCCCAAAAAACAGUCCAGGCACAAGACACAAGGGACCCUAGUGCUAAGGGGGUCCCCACUCCCCCCUCCCCCCCAGGAGCCUCACUCAUAAGGGGCUCUCCCAGACCCCCAACCGGGGGGGCCCUGAAGCCAAAAGGGCUCCCACACACACACCCCCACCCGGGGAAGGGUCCUACACCCUGCCAGAGCCACAGCUCAACGUUGGUCCCCACCCUCCCACCCCCGAAAAAUAAAAAUAAUCUCAAACACUUGCGAGAGCCCUUCCCAGAUUUGCCAGCCCCCACCCAGGAACAAAAAGACAAGAGAAAAAAAAACCAAAAAACAAACCAAACCCUGAACACUCACCACACCAGUAACCCCCAGCUGCUCCCCCAGUCACCUGAAAGACAAACACCAGCUAAACAUCCCACAGCCCCCCCGUAAAACACCCCAGGAGGGGAGGGACCCCUCUACUGCCCACCCACCAGGGGAAAGGGAGCGAUCUAAGGUGGGGGGGGGGGGGGGGGACGUGAAGCUUGAGGCACCCACAAGCCAGUGUCGCUUGGACAAUGGGUCCCUCCCCCACCCAGGGGAGGGCAAUAACAACAACGACACCCAAACAGGUCAAGUAUAAAACACUUUUCAGAGGGUAACGCUAAAUAAGUCACUUUAUUAAUAAUAAUAAUUAAAAAAAAAAAGCCCCCAUGGAGCCCCACACCGGUAUGAAAUACACCUGUAAGAGUCAGGCCCGGACCCUGCGGGAGGGAGAGAAGGGCUCAGGGCUCCGGAGUUCUCAUCCCAGAGAGAAAAACUCCUCAAACUUCCUCAUUUCCCUGCAAGGUGUCGUUCCUGGGAUGAAAUAAUCCCGGAGGCCGGUGCCCGGCUCUCGCUCUUCCUCAUCCCUGCACCUUGGAGGGGUGGGGGGGCUGGAAAACACCCAGACCUUGAACCCCCCCGGCCACCCAGAGCUACCUGGAAAGGGAACAGUGGCACCAGUUCAGGCACCAGAGUCCUCGAAAAGGUGGGGGGGGGGGUGGUUUCCCAAGCAGACCUUACUGGAAAAUAAAAUUCCCCAUGGAAUAAUUAGUCCUCUGUGUGUCUGCCCCCCCUCCGACACAGAAGGAGCCCCCCCACACACACACACACCCCCCUUCAUCAUCGAGUGGAUCCC